AUGAUUACGUUAAAGGACAAGCCGAGCAAAGAAAAAAGUAGUUGCUUCCUUUUUAAGAAAACUCUUAUACUUUCCCUUUUCCUUUGGAUAUGUCUAUAUUGGAACAAUGAGGGAACCAUUAGUAAAGCAUUAGAUACGGGUCACAGCAUAGAUACCACACUUAAUCCAAGAUGUAAUAGAUUAUUAGCCAAACACGAAUUCAUUAAUACGGUAGAUGAGGAAAAUAUAAAAAAACAGGUAGGACAUAAUAAACAGAAAAAAACUGUUCAUCUAAGAAGUGGAGAUAAUUCAGACAAUGAAGCAGCAAAUCUGGGAAAGGUAAAAAGAGGGAAUUCAUCGAAGAGCCAAGAUGUGAAAGGUUUGAAUUUAAAAUUUGGAGAUGAAUUAAAAAGGGGAGGAGGAAAAAACGGGAAAAUACAAGUUAUAAGUGAAUUAAACGGUGAAAAUAAUAUGAACCAAGAAGAACAGGAAAAUAACCAGGGUCAGAAGAGCGAGAAUGAAAUGGCUGAAGAAGUAGAGGGAGAGAGCGAUGACCGUAGAAGCCAAAAUGAAUUAACUGAGACAGAUGCAGACGCGAUAGUCGAAUCCGAAUGUGAUGAUGGGAAAAGUGACAAUGAAAUAACUACGGAAGUAUUGGAAGCAGAGGGUGAGGGGGAUGACAACACAGGUGGGGAUAAAUUAAUUUACGAAGUUAAUGAGGGAAAUGAUGAUACAGAAAUUAAGUGUAAAGGGCCAAAAAAUAGAAUUAUAAAUAUUGAGGUUUUUUUAGAGAAAAAAGUAGAAAAACAAGGAAUAAUAAAAAUAGAGCUUAUACUAGAGGAAAUUCGGAAAGUUAAAGAUAAGCUGUUAUGCAAUGUCGAUAACCUUAUACGAACAGAAUGUGUAGAUUACUUUGAUGGAGAAGGAGAUGAUGAUGAUGAGGAGGACGAUGAGGAGGAGGAGGAGGAAGAUGAGGAGGAGGAAGAAGAAGAAGAGGCAGAAGAAGACGACGAUGAGGAAUUUGAUCAAGAUGAAAAUAAUGAUAAGGGCCUUAUGUCAACGAAUACUAAAAAAAAAAGAAAAAAACAAUUUAUGCUUAUUUUGAAAAAAAUAAAGAAGAUAUUGUCAGUAUUAAAUAUUAUAGGUAUGUUGAUAGAUACGGUGAAUAGAAAAUUGGAGAAGCAUGUUGAGAAACUUAUGUUCAAGGUGUAUGCUAAGGUAGACGAAUAUAAGAAGGAUCCAAAUAUUAGUAAAAAUAAAUAUCAGAUGAUAAAUAUUACUUAUAAAGCUUUUUUCUUCAUAAUACCCAUUAUGAUUGUUGCACUAGGAAUAGGUAUUACACAACUGGGUUCUGUAGGAACAUAUGGCUCUGGUAUAUUAAUAAUGAUGGGUAUUUCAUUUUUCAUAGGAAAUAUAAAGAGAUCGAUAAAAUAUCAAUUUAAGAGGAAAGGAAUUGAAAAGCCAGGUAUUGAGGAAUAUAUAGGUCUCUUGGAAAAGUUUUUAUUGAAAUUUGAAAAACAGGAGGAAUGUCCCGAAGGGGAAAAAUCUGAAAAGGAAAAUAUAGAGGACUCCCCCGAAGUGCAAAAAUUGAGUAAUAUUUUAGCUUUUAUGAUUGAUUCUCUUAAUUAUUAG